AUGCAAGAAAAUUGUGCUUUCUCUGCCGGCAUUGAUGGUGAUGAUGAUGACAGUGAUGACAAUGAUAAUGAUUCAUCAGUAAAUGUACCGACUUACUCUGAGGCUUGUGACUAUGUUAAUAAACUUAAAACCUUUGCGGUCAGUUUAGGAAAUCAGACACUGGUUGAUAACAUUGUCAAAUUUGAUGAUGAGCUGUGCAACGAGAUCUUGAACAAACCGAAACAAACACAGAUUACUGAUUUCUUUGAAAAGAGAACAGUUUUAAGUCAAAUGAGGGAGAGAAAGUCACAAAAACCAGUCCCAACCAUAAAUAUACUAUUCCGACAUCCAAGUAAAUAUCUGGUAUACUUUUCACAUUUUAAUCUUGAUUCUGACCUUAACCUUAAAGCUGGAGAAUUUAUUCUUGCAUCAACUCUUGAGACAUCGCUUGGACAAACAUACACUGAAAUGGACUCUUUGCUAGGACAUCUUUUCAAUGAGACAAGAUAUAACAAAGAUCUUAGACCUUUAGAAAACCAAAGUCACGUAAUUCAGGUAAACUUUACACAGUAUGUAAAAAGCAUCGAGAAUCUAGACAUCUCGUCAGGAGAGCUUCUUAUAACUGGAUACUUCGAAAUAAAAUGGACUGAUGAAAUGUUGACUUGGGACCCUGCUCUUUUUGGAGGUAGAGAAAAAAUACAGUUGCCCAAAGAUAAGUAUUGGAAACCAGAGAUUUCCUUAACAGACGGACCGGCAAAUGAGGACACUUCAAUUUAUGGGAGCGGCUUCUAUCCCGCGUGGGCCACUUACCAAGGGAUAGUAAUGGUCAUUGCUGCAGGCAGUUACAAGACGAAAUGUAUUGUUGACACAACAUUUUAUCCUUAUGAUAUGCACUCGUGUUAUUUCCAGUUCAUCGUGUCUAAUCAUGACUCUACAGAACUUAUGAUAUCUUCUCCUUCACCCGAUAUUCAUUUUAGAGAUUUCAAAGAAAAUGGUGAAUGGGAAGUUAUAAGUACAGAUACAAAUGUAAUGCUGGUAAAAGAGAAAAACAUAGACAGUGUUGCUAUACCAAUGUAUCAGUCAUCGUUUUUGUUAAAAAGAAGGUCCAAAUUUGAAAUGAUAAAUUCACUUACACCGAUCAUGUUUAUGUUAUUUCUGAAUAUUGCAACUUGCUUUGUUCGCCCUGAAUCCGGUGAAAGGACAACGUUUGCAAUAACGCUAUAUUUAGCAUUAGUUUUUGCAGCAACAUCAUUAACAGAGACAAUACCUAGAAAUUCAUUAAAAAUGCCGAUGAUUUCGUAUCAACUGCUUUCGGUUAAUAUCAUCAACACGGUUGGCGUUUUAUGGAGCAUAUUUAUUGUUAAUUGUGCAAGUAAAUCUGUGGCUCAUAGAUAUGUGCCAAACUUUCUUCUGAGGAUGAUUACAAAAAGGAGACAGAAAAGCAAAAACAAUAGUAAAAUGGUUCCUGUGAAAAAUUGUAAAAUGGUUUCUGUAGAUUCAGUUGUAUCGAUAUUGCCUGUUGAGGGUACGGAUAUUAGUGAUGGUCAAAAGGAAGAAGUAUGUAAUGAACCACAAUCUGCUGAAAUAACUGGACACGAGGUGGCGGAAGUUCUCGAUACAAUUUAUUUCUGGAUGAUCAUUAUUUGUAUUACUUUAGCAAAUGUCAUUUACAGCGCAUUUGUGUACAAAAGUUGGUUCAGUUAG